AAACCGAAUGAAUACCAGCAUCUUUAACGAAAAACGCCAGGCCGCAAACAUAAACGAAAAUUUCAAGACUUCAUUCAGUCUCGUUUUGACGGUUUACGGUGGUGAUCAUUCAUAGUUCUGCUCUGUUGUGUUGUAAAAAAAAGUGCAAAGACCAUAAAAUUAAAACAAAAAAAUAUAUAAAAUAAAAUAUAAAAAAAAACUACAAGAAAAUAACUGGUUUUUUAGAUUUGAAAAAAGAAAAAUAAGUGCAGAAGAGCUCCAUCUUGCUACAACAACACAGCAACAGAAAGAAGAAAAAGAAGUGUAUAGAAAGAAGUGCGAUUGAAAAAAAUUGUUCAUUAAAAAAUUAAUAAAAUAAAAGUAAUGAAAUAGAAAAUUUUUCAAAACGAAAAUACCUACCUAUCCAUCUAGCUGAAAAUAUUGAAAAAUUACAAGGUUUAAUUGUGUUUAAAAAGUAAUUGAUGCUGCUCAUGCUUUUUUAAAUAAAUUUAAAUAGAAAAUUAUUUGUAAAAUUUUAAAUUAAUGAAAACCAACAACAAAAACAACUUCAUCAUUACGAUCAGUUAACUUGAACCAAAACCAAUUUAAUAAUUACAACAAAUUACACUAACAGUUGAAAGAGAGCAAGACUACGUGAGCGAGUGCGUGUGUGUGCAAGUGCAAACAAAAGAAGAGAGUAUUUCUUGAAGAAAAAAAAACAAAAUAACAAAUUUGUGGUAUUGAGUUGAUCGUCUCAAAACAAACAUCAUGUCACAGCUCAAGUUUUGGAACAAACAGAACAAUAAUACUAAAACCGAUAACAGUGAGAAUACAGAGAAUAAAAAUGGCACCGCCACCAAGGAGGAAACCAAGGGCGGCAAACGCAACUGGUUGCAUACACCAGAAGCCUUAAUGAAUGGUCAUGUAGUCUAUCUAGUCAAGUUCUCUGGCAGUCUACCAGUGGAUCAGCCCAAGGGUAUUGAAGUUGUUAAGGAUACCAUACGUAAACUUCAAUUUGCCCAGCAAAUGAAAAAGGCCGAAACGGGAACUCAAGAGAAAUUCAAAAAAGUCGAAAUCACUAUCAGUGUGGAUGGAGUGGCUGUGCAGGAGCCUAGAACUCAGAAAAUCCUACAUCAAUUCCCCCUGCACAAUAUCUCCUAUUGUGCUGAUGAUAAGGGUGUUAAAAAGUAUUUCAGUUUUAUUGCCAAAACUGUCAAGACGAAUAGCGAAAAUAUGACCAAUGGUCGAGGCAGCAGCCCGGAUGGCUCUACACAGUCCUCAACGGAAGAAACACAUGAAUGUUUUGUUUUCAUUUCCAACAAAUUGGCUUCCGAUAUUACCCUGACCAUAGGUCAAGCCUUUGAAUUGGCUUUUAGAAAAUACAUUAAUACUGCUGAAAAAUCGGAAUUAAGCAAAGCCCAACAGCAAAUCACAGACUUAGAGAAAAUCAUUACAAUUUAUAAAAAUCGCCUGCGUGAGUUGACUUUAAAAAUUCCCAAGAAUGAAAUGGAUACAUAUUUAUUCCGCGAAGGCAUUAAAGAUAUUGUAGAGGUAAAUAUGCCUACAACAUACAAUUCAACAUCGGCAGAUUCGACUAAUUCAUCGUCUGUCCUAACUAAUGGUACUAAUGGUCUUAGCGACAACAAUGACAGAGCUUUGUUAAUCGAUACAAACUCCUGUAAUACAUCUUCGAAAAUGUCCACCACAUCGUCAGCAUCAUCGACUUCUUUCUUACCCGCUGUACCACCGCGCAACUCAAUGUCAACACAAUUACUCUCGAAAACCAUGAACAACAAUCAGAAAAUGGAUGAACUACUAUUGAAUUCGGAUUCUGAUAGUGAUUUUGAUCCACGAGCCGAAGAGUCCAAUACGGAUGGCAAUAGCACAGGCAGUGGUGGCAAAACUAUGACCAAUGAUUUGUUUGGCUUUGAGCCCUCAAAAUCAUUUGGCCAACAGUUGUUCUACAAUAACAAUGAUAAUAAAUUUCUCAAUAACAACAAUACCAGCAUCAUUAGCAAUAAUUCAAAUAACAGUUUUAGUGAAUUGACCAUAACGCCACCUUUGUUGGCUCCACCACCAAAAAUGUCAGCUUCACGUCGUAGCACCUCAGUGACUACACCCACAGCUGCCAUCACUAACAACAACAACAACAGCAUCGUUACCAAUGGCAAUAUGGCCGAUCUGUUUGGCUCCGAUCCAUUUGAUACGACUCCUUCAACAAAUGGUACCAGUAUUUUUCAAAAACAAGUUAGUAAAAUAUCCGUAGAUGAUUUCACUUUGGAAAGUUUGGAUCCAUUAAGAAAGUAAUGCAGAUUUAAUGUGAUCAAAAAAAAAAAAAACAUAAAAUAAAAGAAUUGUUAUAUUAUUUAAACAAAAGCCUAAUUUCCUCUCUGUCCUUCUUUGAAUCGAAAUUAUAUAUUUUAAGAAUUAUUUAAAAACCUAAAUGAACAUGUAAAACAAAAUGCUUUAAACGCUACACUUUUAUAACAAAAACAAUUACUAUUUAUAUAUAUGAAGAAAAAAAAACAAUAAUUAAUAAUGUAUGUACCUAGAAACAAAUAAGUUAGCUAAGAAAUAUAUUGUGAAUUAUGGAAAUGAAUUUUGGAAAGCGGAAACAGUGAGUGUCAAGAAGCUGAAACUAAUCAAUAUAGAAAACUGAUGGGUAAUAUUCAAUAAGAGGUCCGACUAAGGGAAAUCUGGAACAAAAAAUCCUUUGUGGGUUCAUCGAUCUUUUACAUAUAUAAAUAUUUUGGAUCAGGGAAAAAAUAGACUACCCUUCUUUCUAUUUCAAUUUAUAAAAAAAUAUAUAAUUUUUAGAAAGCUACAUUUAUGUAGGUUCCGGAAAGUUUUACAGUUUUUAUAGCAAACAAUGUUGUGUUUAAGAACCAAUAUCGUUUGGGAGUCCCUCGAUCUUUAACGGUAUCUUAUAUAAAGAAUUUGAAAGAAAACUGUUGACAUCAGAGAAACAGCAAAUUAUCCUUACUUUUUAUUUCAAAGAUUUUUUUUAAAUAAUUUGCUGAACUUCAAGUGAUUUUUCCAUUAGCGUGUCUUUGGAGAUCAUAUUUUUAAGCGAGUAUUUAAACAUAUAAUGGUCUGAAUGAGGUAGAACCACUGCAACUGAAUAGACUACGUUUUUGUGGAAGAUAUUUUAAAUUAUUUUUACAAAAAAAGUAAAAUGCCCAAUAAAUUAUAAUAAUAAAAUUAAACAUAUCCCUGUAAGCAUUUCACUGGUAUUCAAGUCGAAAACAAUUGUUAUUCAAGCUUUGAGUUCAGUGUCAAGCAAUUGAAUUAUAGCUGUAUUACACUUUAUAUCAAUAGCAUUAUCCAGUGAAAAGACAACAUAAAUUCAUGCCACAUGUUUAUUGUUUAAAAAUAAUAAUUUUUUCAAAUAUUUUUCAAGUGUAAAACAUAAUCAGCCCUAUUAUCUGUUUUAGUGCUUAUUAGGAUGUAUUUACCAGUAAAAUAGACAUAAAUUAGGUCAUAUAUAUUCUAAAAUUUAAUAGAUUAAAGUGAAAUCCUUCCAGUUUUAAUUUAAAAACAGUUUCGGCUGAUAUUUUUAAACACUUUUUAUUGUUUAUUUAGCCUAAUUGAUACGAAUUUAGAAAGAUUUUUG